UCAGAACUCCAUCCCCCGCCGGUCCCCGCGGCCGAGGCUGUUGUCUCUUCCUGUCCAGGGGAGGAGAACCCCUCCUGCCUCAAGUUGAGUGGAUUUAGGAAAGGGUCUCCGUUUUCUCGCCCAUUUUUCCCAGAUUGAGGGCUUGGCCGGUGCAGGACUGACUUCAUCCGUGCUUAGAGACUAAGAAAAAUGGCAAAUAUGGAUAGUGAUUCUAGGCAUCUUCUCAUCCCUGAAGUAGAUCAUGAAAUAAAUCCUGGACCUAUGAAUAUCCAGUUUGAUUCAUCAGAUCUAAGAUCCAAAAGGCCUUUCUAUAUAGAGCCCACAAACAUCGUCAAUGUGAAUGAUGUCAUUCAGAGGGUUAGCGACCAUGCCUCUGCCAUGAACAAGAGGAUUCAUUACUACAGCCGGCUCACCGCUCCUGCAGACAAGGCACUGAUUGCUCCAGAUCAUGUAGUUCCAGCUCCAGAAGAGUGCUAUGUAUAUAGUCCAUUGGGUUCUGCUUAUAAACUCCAAAGUUACACUGAAGGAUAUGGUAAAAACACCAGUUUAGUAACCAUUUUUAUGAUUUGGAAUACCAUGAUGGGAACAUCUAUACUAAGUAUUCCUUGGGGCAUGAAACAGGCUGGCUUUACUACUGGAAUGUGUGUCAUCAUGCUGAUGGGCAUUUUAACACUUUAUUGCUGCUAUAGAGUAGUGAAAUCACGAGCUAUGAUAUCAUCAGUGGAUACCACUACCUGGGAAUAUCCAGAUGUCUGCAGAUAUUAUUUUGGCUCCUUUGGACAGUGGUCAAGUCUCCUUUUCUCUUUGGUGUCUCUUAUUGGAGCAAUGAUAGUUUAUUGGGUGCUUAUGUCUAAUUUUCUUUUUAAUACUGGAAAGUUUAUUUUUAAUUUUAUUCAUCACAUUAAUGACACAGAUGCUGUACUGAGUACCAAUGAUAGCAACCCGGUGAUUUGUCCAAGUGCUGGGAGUGGUGGCCACCCUGACAAUGGCUCUAUGAUUUUCUAUGCCAAUGACACGGGACUGCAGCAGUUUGAAAAGUGGUGGAAUAAGUCUAAGACAGUGCCCUUUUACCUCAUAGGGCUCCUGCUGCCACUGCUCAAUUUCAAAUCUCCUUCAUUUUUUUCAAAAUUUAAUAUCCUAGGCACAGUAUCUGUUCUCUAUUUGAUUUUCCUUGUCACCUUGAAGGCCAUUCGCUUGGGAUUUCAUUUGGAAUUUCAUUGGUUUAUGCAAACAGAAUAUUUUGUACCAGAAUGCUGACAACAUAGAAUAACAAAGGAUUCUCCUCUGUAGAAACUGACAAACCCAAGAGGAAAGACCUAGAGUCUUGGAUAUUUGGGUUCUCCCAAAGAAAUGGCAAGUACCUUGCUUGUAUCAGACCAUUUUGAUGUUUACUAAGUAUACAUUUUUUUAGUGCUUCACUUUUAAAUAUUAAAAAAUAGACAAAGAUCACUAGAUAUUUGUGGAAAACCUCUUACAUGAAAACAAAACGGGCAAGAGGGAGGACCUUGAAGGGACAAGAAGAAUAAGAGGGAACAAAAGAAAAAACUUUCAAAAAAUUACCUUCUCAAAGUGACACAAGACAGUGAUAUAUCCAUGAAAUAGUAUUUGGAUGCCAAGGAAGGAAAAAAAGAAGGAGGUACCUUGGUCUUAGAAACCAAAAAUAUAGUAGAUGGGGCGCCUGGGUGGUUCAGUCAGUUAAGUGUCAGACUCUUGAUUUUGGCUCAGGUCAUGAACUCAUGGUCCUGAGAUUAAGCCUUGUGUUAGGCUCUGACCUGAGUGUAGAGCAUACCUAAGAUUCUGUCUCCUUCUCCCUUUGCCUCUACUCCACUCUUGUGUGUGUGUACACACACACACACACACACACACUCUCUCUCUCUCUCUCUCUCUCAAUCUCUCUCUCUCUCUCUCAAAAAAAAAGAAAAGAAAAAGAAACCAAAAAUAUAAUGGAAAUUAAGAAUGCAAAGAAAAUUUGGAAGAUAAAGCUAACUUCCCAAAAUUAUAUUAGAAAUCAUGGAUGUAUGGGAGGAAAAAAGGGAGAGAAGAAGGAGGGAAGGAAGCAAGGAAGGAAAGGAAAGAAGGAAGGAAGGAAGGAAAAACAGAAAAGAUAAGAAAAUUAGAGCAUUAAUCCAGGUAGCCCAAUAAUGAAAAAUAGUUCCAAGAAACAAAGAAUAUGAAGGGGGAAGAAAUUAUCAAAGAAAUAAUUAAACUUUCCUGCAAACCAAAAAACAUGAGUUUCUAGAUGUACAGGACCCAAAGUGCCCAGCACUGUGAAUGAAACCCAUACCAGAGCAUAUCAUCAUAAGAUUUUAGAACACCACAGAUAAAGAGAAGACCCUGAAAGCUUCUAUGGAUGAAGGAUAGGUCUGUAAAAAAGGUCUGGGUUCAGAAUAGUAUCAGACUUUAAUAACUCCAAAAGCUAGAAAAGUGUCAUGAAGGUCUCAGAAUAAAUUAUUUUAACCUGAAAUUUCAAAUCCUACCAUACCCUCACUGAAGUUGUAGAGUACAAUAAAGCUAUUUUCAGAAAAUAAAGUCUCACAAAAUUUUACCUUCCAGGAACUCUUUCUCACAAAAAACUGCAAAAUGUGCUCCACCAAAAAGCAGUAAAUUGCAAACUCCUCUGAGUGGCAGUGAAGGGAUAGCCUAGGAAACAGCUGUACAGCAGGCCUAGCGAGCACCCUGCCCAGACCACAGCAGCAGACAGAGCACCCCAGGAAGCAAUGUUUCCAAAAGGAAAAUGAAAUGGAAAAGAUUGUUUGAUGUGUUGUAUGGAUAGAGUGGGUAAAGUUUUACCAUUCUUCUGGAGAGUUUGGGGAAAAAUUAGUGUUAACUAGACAGGCAACCAAAAAGUAAAAACCUUCAUAUCUCCAUAAAAACAGGCCAACAAAAGUAUUUUUAUAUAAGAAAACAUAAUAAUAACUGAAUAGUACAGAAUAACCAUGAAAAUUAAAACACUGAAUAUUGAUUUUGUAAAAUCAAAAUUUGAAUUGUGAUUUUAUGGAGGGGUUAGAGAUGGGAAAAUGUGAGUGAUGGUAGUAAUAGAAAAGGACUAAAGUCUUCAGGUAGAAAAGCAAUGGAUUAUGUCUAAAAUUUAAAAAAUAAGGGAAAAGGAAUAUAAGCAUAUUAAAGAUAAGUUAUAAUUAGUUCCCUCUAGGAAACAGGAUUUAGGAUGGGAGGUAUGAAGCAAGAGAAUACUGUUAUUUUGUUGGGAGCCCUGUAAUACUAUUUAACUUUUAACAAUUAGCACACAUUUAAGACUGCUGUUAAGAAUACAUUUUAACAAUGAAAACCUAUUAAAUGCUUUGGAACUGAUUUCACAAAGAUUUCAGACACUGAUAUUCAAGGAUUAUGGGGUGAUUGUCCAUUUGAUAGCAGCAUUGUGUUCGUAUGCAACCAGAAAAAAAUAAUUUUCUAACUACAUAUGAUUUAAGUAGUUUUGUUAUUAAUGUUAUUAGAAGCAGACUGCAUUCUACCGUGCAUUCAUCGAUGCUUAAUAAUGUCUCCAAACAUAAUGGAAUUUUUCUUUUCAUAUUUUUAAUGUGUAGGCCUUACCAUUUUUUUGUUUUUGCUUUUGAACUUUUUAUUGAAGCAUAACAUCCACAUAUAAAAGUGCACAACUCAUAAGUAUUCAUCACAAAGAACAUACUAGAUACCUAGCACCAGAUAAAAAACUAGCACUCCAGAAGUCCCAUUCAGUAUGCCUACCAGCCACUGUCUCCCUACAGUGAUAACCACUGUUCUAACUUCUAGCCCUAAAGGAGGUUGUCAGUUGUUUUUUUAACAUCACGUAAAAGGAAUAUAGAACAUACAUUCUUUUGUGUCUGGCUUCUUCCAAUCAACAUUAUACUGUGAUACUGAUCCAUAUUAUGUCUGUUUGUAGUUCAUUCAUUCUCACUGGCAUCUUACUAUAUAACUAUACAUACCCACAAUUUGUUUUAUCUUUUACUGUUAAGGGACAUUUGUCUCCAGUUGUUUAGUAUUAUGUUUAUUGCAGUACUCUAUUCUCCUACAUAUCUUUGAUGAAAAUAUGCCAGCUUUCUCUUGAGUAUUAACCUAGGAGUGGAAUUGUGAGGUCAGAGGGUAUGCGUAUACUCUGCUUUGGUAGAUAUUACCAAAUGGCUUUCCAAAAUGGUUGUACACUUAAAUGGGUGAAGUGCAUAUGAAUUAUAUAUCAGUAAAACUGUUGAAAAGAAUUUCAGCGUUUUUUUCAAAUGUUUAUUUUAGAGAGAGACAGACAGGAUGAGCAGGGGAGGGGCAGAGAGAGGGAAACACAGAAUCUGAAGCAGGAUCCAGGCUCUGAGCUGUCAGCACAGAGCCUGACACCGGGUUUAAACUCACGGAAUGCAAGAUCAUGACCUGGUACAAAGUUGGACCCUUAACCGACUGAGCCACCCAGGUGCCCCUCAGGUUUUUAGGAAAGAUGCUCAAAAAGAGUUUUUGUUGGCUAAUUGGAAAAAGCUGGAUAUUUAUUCUAAUUUGACAAACAACACUGGUAUCACCUGACAUAGUUAGAAAAGGAUCAACUAACAAGUUGCUUCAGGAAGCAUUUAAUGGUAAUAGGGGUUGACUGCUUUGAAAGACAGGAAAGAUUAGCUAUACUGAAGAGAGCUUAUUGAAAACUAAUAGAUCUUAGCAAAAAGCAAAAUCAGUUUGAAGAACAAUUUAAAAUCAAAUUUUGACCACUGAUAACAGCUGAAGUCCUUUAUUCUGAAUAGAAAUUAAUACCUCUGAUUAUGAGUCAUACAUUGUCAAAAAAGACAUGGCUCACCGCCCUCCAGGAGCUUACAGUUGAGCAGUAAGACCAGUUUGUGAAUUAAUGAUCAUAAUGCAGAGAUAUAUAAAAGAGACGUAAUAAUAUAGAGAAAUUUCAUGUAAAUAAGAAUUAGAAAUCAGGGGCACCUGAGGGUGGCUCAGUCAGUUGAGCAUCUGAUUUUUGAGUUUGGCCUAGGCCAUGAUCCAGGGUCGUGGGAUCAAGCCCCGAGUCAUGCUUUGCUCUCUCUUUCUCCCUCUGCCCC